UGCUGCUGAGUUUCACCUGAGAACUAAUAAGCUGCUCCCACACGACGACGGGUCUCCAGGGACACACGCUUGUUCUGGACUCAUCCAGGUGCAUCAGAACUUUUCUGUUUCUCCGCCUUUGCUGAUCAGCGGACAUUGAUUUUGUUGGUGGUUUGAACCGACAGACACGAUUUGCUUGCCUCCCGUAUUACGAUGGAUCCUACGUUUAGGAGUGUGUGGCUGAAGAUGACUGUGUUGUUACUGAUAACAAGUCUGUGGAGCUCAGUGGCCGAGGCGAUGCAGAUAACUUCAUCGGGGCCACAGACCAUUCAGCAGCCCGAGGGGGAGACGGUCACCCUUGGAUGCACCUACACACCGGCUGCAGCAGACACGGGGGACCUGGACAUCGAAUGGUCCAACGUCAGCCCGGAUAUGACGCAGAAGGACAGGCUGAUCUUGUCGUUUACAGGCGGCCGGGUUCACUACUACAGCCCCGGCUUUUCUCAGAAGAUGAAGUUCCUCUCAGACCCGUCGCAGGGAGACGCCUCUGUCAGUAUCUCUAACGUGAAGGCCCCAGACACCGGCACCUACCAGUGUAAGGUCAAAAAGGCACCAGGCGUCGACAUGAGGAAAGUCACUCUGGUCGUGCUGGCUCCCCCCUCUCCGCCAAGGUGCUGGGUUGAAGGUGGUGAGGAGAAAGGUGGUCCGGUCUCCCUGCGCUGUAAAUCCCAGUACGGCUCCAUUCCCAUCACCUAUGUGUGGACUAGAGAAGGCGGAGCUGCAAUGCCAGCCACUGCAACACAAAACCCAGAGAGUGGAGAGCUUUUGAUAAAGAACCACACCGACAGCAACGUUGGAGUUUAUGUGUGUAACGCUAAAAAUUCUGUUGGUCAAGCUCAGUGCAGAUACACACUGCAUGCAUACAACCCAACCAAUAGAGUGGGUGUCAUUGUUGGUGCAGUGAUAGGAGCUCUGCUGCUGUUUCUCCUCCUCCUCCUCCUCAUCUUGCUCCUGUACUUCUGCUGCUGUAAGAAGCGCCACCAGAAGGAGUCCUCAAAUGAAAUCAGGGAGGACGUUACAGCUCCAGAGAGCCGACCAGCCAGCCGGAACUCCAGUAUGCGCUCGAUAUUGGGGUACCGCACUCACCAAGGGGUGCAAUACAGUUCUGUGAAAAGUCCUUUACCCAGCAUCAAUGAAUCUGGGCCCACUUUGACAGGAAGUGAUAAUGGAGCAGCCAGCGCAGCGAGAGCUGCUUCUGGUAGAUACGACCCUAAAUACGGGUACCCGGUGUAGGAGAGAGCCGGGAUCUACAGCUUCUAAUGACAUUUUUACUGUGCGACAUUUUUGUAACAAAUGGACUGUCGAAUAGGUAAACUACCGCAGGUGGAAUCAUUUAUUUGUCCAGAGAACAAUGGGAGUGCCCAUGACGCACGCCGCCAGUGCUGUUGUAACAAGAACAGGUUCUAGUAACAGGGUGAUCUUAAACUUUAUGUAAAUAGAUCUAACAAAUGUAUAUUUUGUGAAGCUGCAUUCUAUUUUCUAACAUGUAAAUGAGUUGAACGUUUUAAAAUUAUCUACUGAAUAAAUUUUUUUCAAGUGAAGUCAGUGAGAGUCUAUUCUAGGCUCAUUCAGGCACAUUUAUCUGUUUUAUUUUUUUAUUUCUCAUCAACGUCUGAGCAACAGAAUGACAUUUAAUCACAUCUCUAUUAAAACUGAAAUGAGUUGGCACUAAUACGAAAGUGGGUAUGUUUGCACUGCAGUAAAACGAGGUAUGAUUAAUCACUCCGUGCACGUGUUCAUGGGUUCAAAGUCAAUUUAAUUAGAAAAGUUGAUAAAGGAGGAGUAAGUGAGGAAAACUAGAGCCAGGUUGGAAUCUCUGACCUUAGAGCACAAGGUCAACGAAGAAAAUCUGUUUUCACAUUCGGGGAGUGAGUGGAGAGACUCUACGUGCACCAGUUUAAUAUUUAAACUGUCAGAUGGUCAUGUGUCAGAAAAUAACAAAAUAAAAGGUCUGUUGACUCUUUUCUGCGGUUCUCCAGUGGAACCUUUUUCUUUUGCAGAUUAAAGAGCUGAAAAAUUG